AUUAUAAUUAUACAUCUGUUGCAAGCUGGAGAUUAACUUGUGAGCAUGUGCGAGCUCUGCAGCUGCUAUGCAUCCUUACUUUUCCCUAAAAGCAAUAUUGGCAUAAAAAAGAACAGCCCGCCCAUUUGUUGCCUAAAUUCACAAAAAAAAAGUUACGGAGUAGUUGAAUAUCGGGUACUCCAUUACCCGACCCGAAAAGAUAGAGUACCCGAUAUCUUGUUUCCCUAACGAGACCCUAGGUGGCCCGUGAAAGGUUGCGAUGAGAGACGGCGAGAAUCGGAGGCGUGAAUGGCUUGGGUUGACUGCUGCUUGUAUUGUGUCUUGUGAAUUUAUGAUAUAAUCUCAAAAAUUAAAAAAAAGCUAAAACAGUAGUGGACAAGUGGUGGAGAUGGAUGAGGUUACGGCGGGUGAUGAACUGCAACUGGAAAUCAACUCUUCUGAUUGGGAAGAGCAGCAACAGCUUCCACGGACGAAAUCGUUACAAAGGUGCAAAACAGCUCCAGCUAAGGAUAUGGCCGCCGUGAUUCGCGACCUCCAGGCCAGGUCUCUUGGUACCGCCGCCGCUGCUGCUGCUGCUGGUGGUAAGUUAGAGGAUUUCAAAUUGCCAGAAAAAUCAAUUGAGGGGAAAAAGAGGAUGGUAAUUGUCCGACAAGCUGGUGUAUUACUGGUAAUUUACCUAGGAAUGGGGGUUUUAGUGUACGGAAUGAACAAGGAGCAGUUUUCAAGAGGACGAGGAUUAGAGACUCACCCCAUAGUUGAUGCACUCUACUUCUGCAUCGUCACUAUGUGUACAAUUGGCUAUGGUGAUAUCACUCCUCUUACCCCUUUUACUAAACUAUUUUCCUGUCUGUUUGUACUUGUUGGUUUUGGUUUCAUUGAUAUCCUCCUUUCUGGUGUUCUCAAUUAUGUGCUUGAUCUUCAAGAACAGACAAUCCUCUCAGACAUACUCCAUCAAUCCAACCAAAAUGACACUCUUGCUCAUCAAACCAAUCAUCAUAUUCAUUCUCCCCGCCCUCGUCCACUUCUCCGCCUUCUUACCCUCCGACUUGUUGAUGUUCACAAGGGUCGUAUGAGAAUACGUCUCAAGGUUGGUUUAUCCCUCUUGGUCCUUAUCCUCUGUAUUGGUGUUGGCACUCUUUUCUUGUACUUUGUUGAAGACUUGUCUUGGGUUGAUUCCCUUUACCUUUCUGCCCUCUCUGUUACUACCGUUGGUUAUGGCGACAAAGCCUUCUCCACCCUCUCCGGUCGCCUUUUCGCUUCUGUUUGGCUCCUUGUUUCUACUCUGGCAGUAGCCCGCUCCUUCCUCUUCCUUGUUGAGGCCCGCAUUCAUAAGCGCCAGCGCACCGUUGCUAAGUGGGUUCUUCAAAGGGAAAUUACUCCUCUAGAUUUGUUGUCUGCCAACAUCAAUAACAAUGAUUUCAUCAACAAAUCGGAAUAUGUUAUCUUCAAGCUUAAAGAGAUGGGAAAGAUAGGAGAUCAGGAUGUGUUACAGAUUUGUCAUCAGUUUGAAAAACUUGAUCCCAACAACAUGGGAAGGAUAACACUACCUGAUCUAUUGCAAAGUCGUCCGUUUUCAAGUCGUCAAUUAUCAUGAAUGCACAAGGUUUGGUCUGAAAAUCAUGUGAGAGAAACCUUUUUAGUGGGUGGACCAACAUCUGGAUCCCAUAAACUCAUGGUUUUGUUUUGUAAAUGUCUCUGGAGUUAUGCAUAUAUACAGAAGACUUGCAUAUUCAUCCACAUUAUACAAAUAUCAGCCACUACUUGUAUUUAGUGUUCGGAUGAAAGAUUGUAUAUCCCUGACAGGUUACCUUGUAAAUCAUUGUCACUGCUCACUGGAACAACAAUGAGAUUAUAUGAAGAUGUGCUAACUCUUUGCUUCGUGGCAUGGCUUCCUUCUGUAUCUGUGAUGCUAUUUCUCUACCGAUGUAACUAAUCUUGUAAAAUCAGUGAAAACUUGUGUUUUAUGCUUCGUUUAAGUUUUAGGUGUGAAACCCUCCUCAAAUUUGGUAUAGAUAUUGAUUAAUUCGUAUA